AUGUCUUAUCCAAUUCUUCAAUCCAACCUGCCACCGGCAACGCCGCAGAAACCCCUGCCUGGAGCUUACCUGCAAACACCAGCUGUGCCUAGACAUGAUCCUAGGUCUCCUCCUCAACUGAACCCACAGCAGUCACAGCAACAAAAUGCUCAAUCCCCUCCCCAGACCCUCCCGAAGCUGCCUGCGACCGCGCCGACACCAAACCAAAACUUGAGCACUGAGGAGCGAGGUGCGCGCACCAUUAAUGAUACACUAUUCCAAGAGUCGCGAUACCCGGAUUUGGAUAGUUAUCUGUCCCAGGGAUUCUCAUCCGACUAUGACAUUCCCAGUUCCCAAUCAUGGGCGCCGUUCCAAAAGGUCAAAAUGUACAACAUUCCCGAUCAGAUCUUUGAUCAAUAUAAUCGCGCUCAAGUAUCAACAAGCAUGGGACUAUUCGCCGAGCUGAACCACGCGUGGGUGGCCAUUGACAACGCGCUCUACAUCUGGGAUUUCACACACCCGAACCCUCAAUUGGUUGGAUUUGAGGAACAGCCAAACAGCAUCAACUCCGUCAAACUCGUCAAGCCGCGCGCGGGGGUGUUUUUGCCAGCAAUCACUCAUCUGCUUGUGGUAUCGACUACCGCCGAUGUGAUUUUGCUGGGUAUGGGUGUCGAGAGUACCCCAACUGGUGGGCGGCAAGUGUCGUUAUACCAAACUGGCAUGGCAGUUUCGAUCCGGGGCUUAGAUAUCCAUGUCUUUGCUUCUUCUGACUCUACUGGUCGCAUUUUCUUUGGUGGAUCAUCUGACAACGAUGUGUACGAGCUGACAUAUCAACAAGAAGAGCGCUGGUUUCAAGGUCGGUGCGCGAAGGUCAACCACACCAGCUCUCGACUUACGGCAUUCGCGCCUUCACUGAGCUUUACAAACUUGGCUCAGCGGGCUAUGGAGCACGUGGAGCAGAUGGUGGUGGAUGAGAGUCGGAGACUCUUGUACACUUUGUCUUCGGCGUCUACUGUUCGGGUUUUCCACCUGAAAUCGGACGGUACACUUUCCUUGGCUAUCACCAAACAUGCCUCUGACAUCUAUUCGAAUAUCGGACAUAUCAUUGCAUCCAACGAAACACUCAAUCCUAAGGUCAAGAUUGUCUCUAUCAGCCCCAUCCCUGCCGCCGAGGCAUCUCGUUAUCACCUUGUCGCUACAACUGCUACUGGAUACCGUAUCUAUCUCAGUGCCACAGCGGCGUACAACUGGGCUCCCGCUCCAAAUGGCACCACUGCGCCUACUAGCAUGCAGGCUCAACACGUCAAGACCCCGCCUGUGGACAGUUCUGCUGAUAUUGAGAUGCGUGGGUUGUUCCCAAAUUUCGGCGUGAAGCUCCCGAUCCACACCUUGUCACCUACGCGCUUGGCAAAUCGCUUCCCGCCUGGAUACUUCUUCUGCUUCACCUGCCAGGAUGCGACUCAAAAGGCAGAUAGUCUUUUUAUCUCGUCUCCAGAUUCCGGCCGAGUUGCCAAGUCCCAAGAAAAUGCAUUGGCUGGGAAGGCCGGCGAAUCUGCCAUUUGGAUGAGCCUUGGCGGCCGAGCUGAGGAUAUUGGUCUCUGCUCCCCUCCUCCACCAUCAACUGCAGGAUUUGGUAACGAGCUGGCUAUUCAAUUCGAUCACCCGGCGGCUGAGGUCGCCAUUCUCACAAAUACAGGAAUCCAUGUCAUCCGACGGCGACGCUUGGUGGACAUUUUCGCCUCAUUGGUUCGUGGCGGGGGUACAGGCCAAGAAAGCCUCGAGGGUGAAGCCAAGAGCUUCAUUCGUACAUAUGGUCGUUCCGAGACGCUGGCUACUGCUCUCGCAGUGGCUUGUGGGCAAGGUGUAGAGGUUUCCUCGGACCAGCGACUUACCCAAAUUAAUGACCCGGAUGUCCUGGAGUUUGCUCGCAAGGUUUUUAUUGAUUUUGGUGGCCGCGCUGCUAUGAAUGAUAACGCCGUGCCUGACGCCACUACUCCCGCUGUUGACCUUGUCAACCCCUCACCCCGACAUGCUGGUAUCUCCCUGUACCUGUCCCGUCUUCUGCGAUCCAUCUGGAAGAGAGAAAUCGCCACGGUAGGCAAGGCACCAAACGGCGCCUUGACAAUUUCUGCAUCGGUGUCUGCAUCCAAACUACAGACCAUUCAGCACGACCUCUCCUCCCUCCAGAAUUUCUUCAAGACCAACAAGAGUUUCAUCGAGGGGCUCAGUGGACCCGAGGCUCUCUCAAGAGUAUCCAACAAGAAAGAAGAGAUUGCCCUCCAGGGUGAACACCGUGCCCUGCACUCCUUGGUGCAGCUGGUUUCGCACACAAUUGAAGGUAUUUCAUUUGUCCUGGUUCUCUUCGAUGAGCGGGUGGAUGAGAUCGUAGCCACGCUACCCGAAGACUCUAAGCAAAAGUUCCUGAAGCUCACUUUCGAGGAACUGUUCAGUACUAGCAAGGGCAACGAUAUUGCCAAGGAUCUAGUCAAAAGCAUUGUGAACCGAAACAUUGCUAAGGGUUCCAAUGUUGAAACUGUUGCUGAUGCUCUGCGCCGUCGAUGUGGUAGCUUCUGCAGCGCCGAGGAUGUUGUUAUUUUCAAAGCACAAGAACUGCUCAAGCGAGCCACCGAGGCCGGCUCUAACACUGAACUGGGGCGUAAUCUUUUGAAUGAAAGCUUGGUUCUCUUCCGGCAAGUAGCAGAUAACCUCCCUAUGGAUUAUCUCGUGUCUGCCGUGGACAAUUAUAUUGGAAAUCAAUUCUUUGCAGGUGCAAUUCAACUAGCUCUUACCGUUGCUGCUCGAUCCGACAAAGCGAACCUCGCAUUUUCCUGGAUUAUGGAAGCGCGUCCCGAACAAGUAUUGAGCCCCCUCAGAUUUGACGCCACACACCCGCUCACAACUCUACAGGACCCCCGAAAGAACGCCUACGAUUUCCGCAAGCAAUGUUACGAUCUGAUUUUCAAGGUUGUCAUCGCCGUUGAUACAUUGGCGGCAUCAGACCCCGGUUAUGUUGAUGGCCAGAUGACGCAGAUUGCCAAACGUCAAAACGAGGCAUAUGCUGUCAUUUCGGACUCCACUGAUGAAGUAUUUCUGACUAGCCUUUACGACUGGUACCUGGAACAAGGCUGGAGUGAUCGUCUCUUGCAGACACAAUCUGCAUUCGUCGUCACCUAUUUGGAGAGAAAAUCCUCUGAUGACAUUGCUCAUGCAGAUCUCCUGUGGCGAUACUAUGCGCAGUCUCAGCGGUUUUUCGAAGCCGCUAAGGUUCAGUUCCAGCUAGCGCAGAGCGGGUUCACGCUACCUCUCAGCCGGCGAAUUGAGUACCUAGGCCGAGCCCGUGCCAAUGCCUCCACUUACACACCUGAUGUGGGGCGCCAGUCGCGACAGCGCCUUUUGCAGGAAAUUUCUACCCUAAUUGAUGUCGCAAACAUCCAGGAUGAACUCCUGCAACGAUUGAAAGACGACGAUCGGAUCGCCCCGGAACGCAGGGCUCAAGUUUUAGGCGAUGUGGAUGGACCGGUCCAAGAUAUUAGCAAGCUCUUCAACGAAUACGCGGAUUCGGGAAGCUACUAUGACAUCUGCCUGCAGAUUUUCGCCUUGGCCGAUCACCGGAAUGCCGCCGAUAUCAAGGCCACUUGGCACCAUUUAAUUCACGAUCUGCACGCUGCCACGCUAGAGCAAGGGUCUCCACAACCCUUUGAAGCCGUCGCUGAGAAAGUUCGCAGCCUUGGCAGUCGGCUCCGGCUCUCGGAGACAGUGUUCCCCGUUCGCGAACUAGUCCCCAUGCUUGAACGCUAUUCGUUGGAGCACCAGCGCCACGUUAGCCCGGCUCAUUGGGUUGUCGAUCUGUUCCUCGAUCUGGGAGUUGCACACGAGUCGAUUUAUACCGUGCUGGAAGCUAUGUACUACACCGACGAAGCUCCAUUCCAAGGAAACAACCGUCGUUACAUCGCCACCGAUCUGAUGUAUCUACUGAAUGGAUGGUUCCACGAAAGCAUGCGACUAGGCGGGAUGGUUUUCGGAUCAGAGCAUAUGGCUCUGGCUAUCUCCGAGACCCUUCUUUUGCUACACCAAGGAGGUCAGCCCAACGGAUCCGAUGUUAUGGAACAAAGCUUGAUCCUUCGGCAACGAAUUUUGGACCUUAUGAACUAA